AUGCGUCGGCUCGGUAUCAAACGUCGUGUAGGCAAGACCGAGACGUCGAAAGACCUCGCGAAAGCACUCGCGAUCCAGUGCAUUGUCUUCAACUGCUCGGACCAGAUCGACUACAAGACGAUGGCCAAGCUCUUUUGUGGCCUUGCCCAGUGCGGGUGCUGGUCCUGCCUCGACGAGUUCAACCGCAUCGACAUUGAGGUGCUCUCGGUUAUCGCACAGCAGCUCACGCUCUUACGCCGCGGUCGCUUGGCCGGCGCCGCCGACGUCUCAUUCGAAGGCCGCGUGAUCACUUUGCGGGACCAUCACGUCAUUGUAACGAUGAACCCUGGCUAUGCCGGUCGUACCGAGUUGCCCGAUAAUCUCAAAAUUUGCUUUCGGCCAGUCUCGAUGAUGGUGCCCGACUACGCGCUCAUCGCUGAGAUCAUGCUCGUCGGCGAAGGCUUUGACGACGCGAGAGGCCUCUCGCACAAGAUCACCAAGCUCUACAAGCUCUGUAGCGAGCAGCUGAGCCAACAGCCGCAUUACGACUUUGGCAUGCGCGCGGUCAAGACUGUGCUUCUCAUGGCGGGCAGUUUCAAGCGGCAAUCAUCCACCACAGCCUCCAGCAGCUGCGAGGAUACCGUGAUCCUAAGGGCGCUGCGCGACGCCAACACGCCCAAGUUUACCACCAACGACCUCCGGCUCUUUGGUGCGAUAUUGCGCGACCUCUUUCCACUCAUGCACGUGCCCGAGUCCGUUUCGACGGCGCUGGAGGACGCGAUUGUGACGCAGACGCGGCUGCUCGGGCUCCAGGAAGUGGCCGCUCUCACGCGAAAGGCGGUCGAGCUCUUCGACAUGCUGCAAGUGCGCGUCGGUAUCGCGCUCACGGGGGAGACCGGCAGUGGCAAGACGACGAGCUACGAUCUGCUGCGCCGGUCCAUGGGCGACCUCCGCGACAACGCCGACAGCAGCGACAAGCGCUACCAGCGCGUCGUGCUCACGGUGAUGAACCCCAAGUGCGUGAGCUUGGGCGAGCUCUACGGCAGCUUCCACCCUAUCACGCGCGAAUGGAAGGAUGGCCUUGCCUCGGCGCUGCUGCGUGGUAUCAUUGCGGAUGCCAAGGCGUCUUUACCGUGGCUCGUCUUUGACGGGCCCAUCGAUGCAUCCUGGAUCGAGAACCUCAACACCGUCCUCGACGACAACAUGACGCUGUGCUUGGCGAGUGGCGAGCGCAUCCGGCUCCUUCCUCAUAUUCGCCUGCUUUUUGAAGUGGGUGACCUCGCGUCGGCGUCGCCAGCCAGCGUCUCGCGCCUCGGCGUCGUGUACUUUGCGCCCAUGACGCUCGGGUGGCGGCCGUUCGUUGAGUCGUGGCUCAACGAAACCCUCGGGUCCGACGUCGACCCCAAGUACGUGUCGCACAAGCUCCGAAGUCGCGUGAGCAAGGCGCUCGAGGUGUUCUUCGAGGCGCUGACGUCGGUGCAUCAGCGCCAGGUGUUGCCCACAUCGCACUUGAGCUGCGUCGUGCACGCGUGCGAAAUGAUAGCGCUGCUCCUCGAGAAGCAGAGCCGGUGGUUUCCCACAGCGACCGCCGAGAAGCAAGCCAAGUGCAUGGAUCUCCUCGUCGUCUUUGCAGUACAGUGGGCGUUCGGUGCCAACGUGCACGAAGACGAUGCGCCGGCCUUCAACGACCAGCUGCUGGGCAUCCUCAGCCAACAUCGAAGUCAGUUUCACGACAGCCUCCUGCACGUGGUCGGCAAGAGCAGUGGUGGGCCCAUGAGCUGCAACGGCACCGGCGCUCUGCGCACAGCGGCCGUUCUCUCGGAGUUUUGUAUCGACUUUGCGGAUCUUGGGUGGAGCCAUUGGGAGAACCACGUGCCGCCCUUCAAGUACGCGAUGCACGCGCCGAUUUUCAACCUGCUCGUGCCGACAGUCGACGUCACCAAGACGUCCUACCUCCUCUCGCUCCUGAUUGGCGGUAUGAAGCCUAUGCUACUGGCGGGCGAGACGGGCGGUGGUAAGACCGUCAUUGCGCACGCGGUCAUCGACGCCCUCGCCACGCACGGCGACGACGCGGGCAUCGGCGUCGUUCCCCUCUACAUGCACUUUUCGGCGCAGACGUCGAGCGCGGUGACCCAAGCCACGAUCGAAGCCAAGCUUGUCAAGAAGCGCAAAACGCUCCUCGGUGCACCCGUCGGUCACAAGAUCGUGCUCUUUGUCGACGACAUCAACCUUCCAGCGGCGGACGCGCACGGGUCGCAGCCGAGCCUCGAACUUCUUCGCCAGCUCCUGACGCACAACGGCGUCUACGACCGCGACAAGUACUUUUGGAAGGAGAUUGCCGACACGGUGCUCGUCGCCGCCGGUGGCCCGCCCGGCGGUGGACGUCAGGCCAUGUCGCCGCGGCUGCUGCGGCACUUUACGAUUGUGGCGCUACCCGUGGGUCGCGACGCUGCGAUGCGAACGAUUUUUCACUCGAUUGUGCUGGGACACGCCACGUCUCUCGCGUUUCCUCCGCCGCCGCGCGACACAGUGCUCCAGACCGUCGACGCGACGCUCAGGCUGUACGCGUCCGUAACGGAGGCGCUGCGGCCGACGCCAGCCAAGUGCCAUUACGUGUUCAACCUCCGCGACGUGGCCAAGGUGUUUGCCGGCAUCCUCCACACGCGGUCGGCGUGGACGACCGAGAGUAUCGUCAAGCUCUGGCUACACGAAAGCUUGCGGGUCUUCUACGACCGGCUCGUGAACGUCACGGACCGGGUCUGGCUCACGACGACGCUCAUUUCGCUCCUCAACAAGUGCUUUCGCGUCAAUUGGACCCACGACCAAAUCUUUGGCUCCGACGAUGUGAUUCCCGUGCUCUUUGGCUGCUACGGGUCGGGUACAAUCAAGGGCUACGAAGAGAUCACCGACAUGAGCUCCCUCGAAGCACUCUUGUCGUCGUACGUGGCCGAUUACAACACAUUUCGGACGCCAACGCUGCAGCUCGUCUUCUUCCGCGACACCAUUCUCCACGUCUCAUCCCUCGCGCGCGUCCUCCUCCAGCCGCGCGGCCACGCGAUGCUCGUUGGCGUCGGUGGCUCUGGGAAACGGUCGCUCGCGCGUCUCGCAGCCUCGAUGAUGGACAUGGCAUGUGUCGAGAUUGCAAUGGGCCGUUCGUACGGUCGCACCGAGUUUCGGGACGACCUCAAGAAGCUCUUGGUCGCGGCCGGCGCCAAAGGCAAAGAGACGGUUCUCCUUUUGCACGAGUCGCACCUGCAGUGUGACGAGUUUGUCGAGGACGUCAACUCGCUCUUGAAUGCUGGCGAAAUUCCACACUUGUUUACGCACGAAGAAGCCGACGCGAUCCAAGCCGACAUGAAGUCGGCGGUCGCGGACGCCGGCCUCGAAGAUACUCGGGCCAACGCCGAGAGCCUCUUUCUGCAGCGCGUCCGGAGCCUUCUGCACGUUGUCAUGUGCUUCUCGCCCGUCGGCCACGGGCUCCGCCUCCGGUGCCGGCAGUUUCCGUCGCUUCUCAACUGCACAACCAUCGACUGGUACGACGCGUGGCCAUCGUCUGCCCUCGUGGUUGUCGCCGAGAGCUACCUUGGCGACGUCGAGCUCGCAUCCGAGGCGGCGCGGACCGGCCUCGUCGCGAUGUUUGCGCACGUGCACGAGACGCUAAAGGAGGCCGCCGCCCAGUUUCUCGCAACGUGUCAGCGCCACGUGUACGUCACUCCCAAGGCGUACCUGGACGCGAUCCGCCUCUACCUGCGCAUGCUUGCGGAGAAGCGGUGGCAGGCCAAAGAGGCCUACGACCGUCUCUCGGCCGGUGUCGUCAAGCUCGAAGAUACGAACGAGCUUGUCGCGCGCCUCCAAGUCGAGCUCACCAAUCUCCAGCCCAUUCUCGCCGCCAAGGCCCUCGAAGCUGAGGCGCUUCUGAAGCAAGUCGCGAUUGACCAGGCGGAGGCCGCUAUCGUCGAGCAACGGGUGAGCCACGACGAGUCGAUAGUCAAAGCGCAGGCCGCCGACGUCGCCGAGUGCCAGGCCGACGCUCUGCGGGAUCUCGAAACCGCGAUGCCAGCGCUCAACGCUGCUGUCCAGGCGCUCGACUCGCUCGACAAGAAGGACAUUACCGAAGUCAAGAGCUUCACCAAGCCACCGCAAGCAGUCCAGGUCGUCAUGGAGGCCGUGUGCAUCAUGCUGGGCGAGAAACCGGAUUGGGACACGAGCAAGCGUGUGCUCUCCAAGCCGUCGUUCAUGGCCGAGCUCAAGGACUUUGACAAGGACAACAUUCCGCCCAAGACGCUCCUCCGCGUCAAAAAGUACAUUGAGAACCCCGAGUUUGCGGUCGACGAGGUCAAAAAAGUGUCGCGCGCCGCCAUGUCGCUCUGCAUGUGGAUCCACGCCAUGGACAUGUACGCGCGCGUGAGCAAGGAGGUCGCGCCCAAGAAGGAGCGGCUUGCCGUCAUGAACGCGACGCUGGCCGACGCCAACGCCAAACUUAACGCCAAGCAGACCGAGCUCGCUCAGGUCAUGGCGCGCGUGCGUGGCCUCCAGGCGCAGUGCGACGGCGUCGUCGCCGAGAAGAAGCGCCUCGCGGACGAAGCUGAGCUCACUCGCGCACGUCUCUCCCGGGCCGAGAAGCUCACGGUCGGGCUUGCCGAUGAGCUCGUGCGCUGGAAGCGAGCCUCGAGGUACAUCCGAACUGAAAUGAUAG